GCUCGAAGUGCGAGGUCUUCGGCCGUGCUCCUCGGCUCCCGGCGGCGCUUCGGCCUCGGGGCGCCUUCCAGCAGCUGCGCCUCGCCGCGAGCACUCCGGGGCUGCCCGGAGCGUCCCGAACGGCCGCCGGAGAGCCGAGUGGUGAUCCGAAGGCCAGGUGGCAGCGACAGGGCGGGGCGCAUCGACCACCAGCCGCCCGAUGGCCCCCUCCGCCCAGGGCCGUGCAAGCCCUGUCGCCGAGCUGUCGGCGAGGCAUCGCCGAUGCCAAGUCGGCGCUGCCCCCGCGGAGCCGGUGCCCUCCCCCAAAGUUCCCCCCGAGGCUGGCGGGGGCGGAGGUCGCGGGCGGGGCGGGGGCGCCCUCGGCUCUGGCACCGAAGCAUCCGAGCGCCUGGCGCCCGGCACCAACGGCUUCUGCUUGUGCUUCGCGCUUGCGCUGUUGUGCGUCUCGAUGGCCGCGCUGGCCGCUGGCCUCACUAUGGGCCUCGUGUCCCUUGACCGGAGCGACCUGGAGACACUGCAGGGGGAGGACGAGAAGGACGUGCCUGGGAUACUGGAGAAGCAAAGGCUGAAGGACGACAAGGUCGCGGCGCAAAAGGUGCUGCCCCUGAUCGCCAACCACCACAGGCUGCUGGUCACCCUGCUGCUGAUGAACUCAGUGGCGAACGAGGCCUUGCCGCUGUUCCUCGACAGGCUCGUGCCGUCGUGGGUUGCAGUUGUGCUGUCGGUGUCCCUCGUGCUCGUGUUCGGCGAGAUCGUGCCCUCCGCGGUCUUCACGGGCAGCAACCAGCUCGAGUACGCCUCCAGGUUCACGGGGCUGGUCAGCUGCUUCCAGGUGGUCCUGCUGCCGAUCGUGUGGCCCAUCGCGCAGAUGCUCGACCGCGUGCUCGGCACGGACCACAAGCAGGAGACCCGCUUCUCGCGGCUGCGGGCGAUGAUCAAGAUCGCGGCCCAGGCCGGCAAGGUGGAGAUCGUGCAGGCGAAGGGCCAGGACAUCGGCAUCAUCACAUCCGCCAGCGAGCACAACUUCACGGACGAGAGCGUCGUGGUGUACAGGGGCGGCGGCGUGCCGGGCAAGCUGCAGGUCGGCCAAAGGUGUUUCGUGAAGCCGUGUUGCGACGUCCACGGGCGCAACCAGGGCUGCACGUUCAACAUCUACCCCAGUGAGGACCGAAAGCAGAACACGGAACUGACCUUCUCGUCGAAGCAGCCACUCACCGACUGCGUCUUGGAAGUGCAGGAGCGGGACGAGGCGAAGAUCAUGCGCGGUGUCGCCGAGAUGACGCAUACGGAGAUUGCCGACAGCAUGAAGCCCAUGGACGAGGUCGACAUGCUCGAGCUGGAGACGAGGUUGGACAGGGAAAAGCUGAUAGAGAUAGACAGGAGGGGCCACUCCCGUCUGCCCGUGUACGACAAGAACAAGCACAACAUCAGGGGGUUCAUCCUCGUGAAGAACUUGAUUGUCUACGAUCCAGAGACCAACCUCGAGGUGAAAGUCCUGAGUCCGUUGAUGAAGAAGCCCGUGCUCGUCAAGCCAGGAAUGAAGCUUCUGGACCUCCUGAACCAGUUCCAGGAGCACCGCACCCAUUUCGCCAUCGUGACGAACAUGCCCGAGAGGGUCCAGGAGGCAUGGGAGACGGGGAAGCCCAUCCCUGCCAAUGUCCACAUGGCGGGCAUCAUCACGCUGGAGGACGUGAUAGAGAGGCUGCUCCUGGAGGAGAUCGACGACGAGGCGGACAACUAUUGCGAUGUCCCCUCCAGGAGUUUGAUUGGGCACUCGCGGUCCUUCUGGGAGAACCCCGCGGCCUACUCCAAGCGGGAGGUCGGGACGGAGGGUCGCGCCGUCUCGGCGCCAGCCGGCCUGCCCGGCCUGAGGCACCCGCUGCUGGGCGACGAGGGGGCCGGGGCCCCGGGGGAGGCGGCGGGCAGCCAGGAGUCGGGGUGCUGGAUCGCCUGAGGCCUGGGCUGCAUCUCGGAGGAGGGCCGAUGGAGGCAACGGGCCGCCCAUGGCGGCGCUCUCGUCCUCUCCAGGCAUCCGGGGGCUCCUCGGCGCCGCGGCGGGCCCGCAUCGAGGAGAGGGCCAGGUGCUCGCGCCGUCUCUCCCCCGAAGCGAGGAGUUGCUGCCGGCCAGACGCAAGAGUGUCUUUCGCCGGAGGGGCCUUCGGUGCGGGCACAGAGGGGUCCUGUGCGUGAAGACCGCUCAUCUCCCCUCUCAAUCCAUCUUUCCUGCUAUCCUCUCCGCCUCCUCCCUCCUCUUCAACAUCCGACCGCUUCAGACACAUUGUAAGUUUCACCGACAUGCCAACUCCUCGAAUCGAAUAUUGCGA